AUGUCGGGUGUGGACACCUUGACUUUUAGGAAGAUUAUAAUCCACGCGUUUUGUUUAAUUAUUCUCAGUAUGUUCAUAUUACCGAUGACGUACUGUGUAAAGAAGCAGUUUUUCAGUUUAGAACAUCCGAAGGUGUCAAUCUGCGAUCCAGAAUAUCUUAAAGACUUCGUGUUGAAAUCUUGGAGGAAAUCAAGAACGAACCCCAUACACUACGUCGACAUGAAUGUCACCAUUAUUAAGACAAUUGCCACCAAAUUCAGGAUGACUCUAUCUUUUUAUCAACUCCUGUCUAAUGUAUACAAACCGAGUUUUGUUGAAGUAGAUAUGCCGUUCUGCGAAAUCUUGAAAAAGGAUGUCCUGGUUGCCCCGGCUUUCGUGGAGGCUUUCAGACGUAAUCCCAAAGAAACUAGGCCUAUACCGGAGUUAGAAUGUCCACUAUUACCAGGUGUUUAUUCGUUUACAAACAUGAUUAUGCCAUUAGAAAAUAUACCAACAACAUUUCCAUUUAAAACUGGACGACUAUAUGGCAACCUGACUCUGAAUAAAGUGAUCAUUGGAAGUGCUUACAUAGAUUUCCAACUGAAAACUGUGGAUGUUUAA